AUGGGCUCUCUACAAGUGGAUUCUUCUUCCACCUAUCCCGUUGCCAUCAUUGGAGGUGGCCCAACUGGUUUAUCGGCCUCAAUCCUGCUCUCGCUGAGCAACAUCCCCCAUGUCCUGUUUGAACGAUAUCCUUCGACAUCUAUCCACCCAAAAGCAUGCGGUUACAAUCACCGUACCGUGGAGAUCUGGCGCCGCAUGGGCAUCGAAGAGGAGCUGAUCAAGCAACGCGCGCCAGCGUUCAGUUACAGCAGGACGGCCUGGUAUACCAGCUUUGGGCCUAAUGGGAGAGAAAUCGUCGGCCGUGACUCUUGGGGUGGAGGGGCGUAUGAGGAAGAAUAUGCCUCCGUCUCGCCUUGCCAGUAUUCCACGAUGCCACAGAUCAGACUGGAACCGAUAUUGCAGAAGCGGGCAUUGGACCUGAAUCCGAACGGGAUAUUUUAUAGCACUGAGGCCACAAAAGUUGAAGAAGCCGAUGGCCACGUCGUCGUCACUUAUCUUCGGAAAGGCGAGCAGCCGGCGAGCGUCAAAGCACAAUACUGCAUUGGUGCCGACGGUGGUCGCAGGCUUACAGAUGACUUGGGCAUCGGCUGGGAAGGCGAACGAGACAUCAUCGAUAUGGUAUCUGCUCACAUCCGGGCUCCCAUAUCCCUUGUACACCCUGACAUCCGCAACUUCCUGACCUGGUUCGUUAACCCGAAGCUCGGAGGCACAAUUGGUUCUGGCUACCUCUACCACUUGGGUCCCUAUCCCAUGUCCCCUGACACAGAAGAAUGGCUGUUUGCGUGUGGACUCAAUCCGGCAGAUCCAAAACGCUUCGAUGAAUCGGCGAUGUUGAAGCGGAUGCACGAUACAUUGCAAAUUCCAGACCUGAAAGCCGAACUGUUGUCCAUCAACCACUGGUAUGUCAACGCCCUCUGUGCAACGCGAUAUCGCAGCAAGAAAUCCACGGGCCGAAUAUUCCUGGUUGGGGAUGCCGGGCACCGGAUUCCCCCUUGGGGAGCUCUGGGCCUCAACACGGGCAUUCAAGACGUGGAUAAUUUAAUAUGGAAAUUGACUCUCGCUAUCAAUGGGAUUCCGCCAUGCCUCGGGAGCGAGAACGAUUGCAAUGCACUUCUCGACACAUACGACACCGAGCGGCGUCCGAUUGGUCAACGCGUGCGAGACUGCGCGUUGCAUAACCUACGUGCUUUUGGACUGGUCAUGGACAAAGCGAUCGGCGUCUCUGCCGAGAGUAGCCCGGCCGAAAACGUGGCGAACAUGGAUUCAUUCUUUGAUAUGUCACCCGCGAACACUGAUGGUGCCGCACGCCGCGAGGCUGUCCAGCGUGCACAAAAGAUCCUCGACAAUGAGUUCCACGGCCUUGGGGCGGAGAUUGGCUGGUUCUAUCCCGACCUCGAUGUCAACGGUGAAGGCAGGCUGACGAAUCACGACGGACAACUCAAGGAGAACGGCGAGUUGGAUUUGUUGUAUUAUCACCCAUCCACGAUUCCCGGCCAUCAUUUGCCCCACGCCUGGCUGGAGCAGGGAGACAAGAGAUUGUCGACCAGAGAUCUGGUCAGGUAUGAUGGAUUUGUCCUAAUCACCUCACGGCCGGAGUUAUGGGAGAAGGCCGUGGCAGAGGACGGCAGCGGGGUCGUGACCCUGAUCGGGAUCUCAGAUACACCUGACCAGGCGGUCAAUGAAUCUUCCUGGAAGGAUGUAGAUGGAAAGUGGGCUUCUCAGCGUGGGAUCGGUGGCUCUGGUGCAGUUUUGGUUCGUCCUGAUGGGAUAGUUGUCUGGCGUGCGCAGGAAUUCGAUCAAGGCCGCCACAGUCAGAUGGGAUGGCUGAGAGAUGUACUGCGGAAAGCUCUAGUGCUUGGUUAG